AUGGCCGGUGCCGCCGGCGGGCGGCUGCGUGCCAGCAGCGCCAAGAAGCAGCAGCGGCAGCGGACGCUGAACAACAUCAAGAUCACGCUCCUGUGCGGCUUCAUCACGGUGCUGGUCCUCCGCGGCACCGCCGGCUUCAACCUCCUGGUCAGCAGCGGCGACCUCGACGGCGCGGCGGCGGACGCCAAGGUCGUCGAGGACGUGGAGCGCAUCCUGGCCGAGAUCCGCUCCGACUCCGAGGCGGACGACGUCGUGUUCGUGGUCGAGGACGGCUCGUCGUCGACGCCGUCGCCGCGCAACGCGACGGCGGCGAGCUUCGGCAACUUCUCGGCGUCGGCGACGGUGGUGAAGGUGCGGGAGUACAGCCUGGGUCCCAAGGUGAAGGACUGGGACGCGCAGCGGCGGGAGUGGAUGUCCCGGCACCCGGAGUUCCCGUCCGUCGACCCGCGGCGCGGGAGACGGCCGCGUGUCCUGCUCGUCACCGGGUCGCCUCCGGGCCCCUGCGACAACCCCGUCGGCGACCACUACCUGCUCAAGGCGACCAAGAACAAGAUCGACUACUGCCGGCUCCACGGCAUCGACGUGGUGCACAACAUGGCGCACCUGGACCCGGAGCUGACGGGGUACUGGUCCAAGCUGCCGCUGGUGCGGCGCCUCAUGCUGGCGCACCCGGAGGUGGAGUGGAUUUGGUGGGUGGACAGCGACGCCAUCUUCACGGACAUGGCGUUCGAGCUCCCGCUGUCCCGCUACGACGGCGCCAACCUCGUCAUCCACGGGUACCCGGACCUGCUGUUCGAGAAGCGGUCGUGGAUCGCGCUCAACGCCGGCAUCUUCCUGCUCCGCAACUGCCAGUGGUCGCUGGACCUGCUGGACGCCUGGGUGCCCAUGGGUCCCCGGGGACCGUCACGCGUCGAGGCGGGGAAGCUGCUCACGGCCAGCCUCACGGGCCGGCCGCCGUUCGACGCCGACGACCAGUCGGCGCUCAUCCACCUGCUGCUGGUGCAGAAGGAGCGGUGGAUGGACAAGGUGCACGUGGAGACGGAGUUCUACCUCCAUGGCUUCUGGACGGGGCUGGUGGACAGGUACGAGGACUACCCGCUGGACCGCUGCAUCCGGGGCAUGGAGCGCGCCUUCAACUUCGCCGACAACCAGGUGCUCAGGCUCUACGGAUUCCAGCACCGCUCGCUCACCACCGCCAAGGUCAGGAGGGUCACCGACCCAGCCACCAACCCGCUCCAGGCAAAGGAAGCGGCGCUCAAGAUGGACGCCAAGUUCUCGAGCACCUAG